CAAUAUGAUUAAUUUACAAUUCUGUACUACUUACAUUACAGCAUGCAUAAGUUUCAGAAACCCACUUUAAAAAUGAUGGUCAAAUGCAAUAGAUCAUCGUUAAGACAUGGUAAAAAAUUCUUUGUCCAUUUAUUCAGCUUCUUAAUGAUUUUAGUAGUAACAUUUUACAUAGAUAGGCUUUAGCAAGGUAUUGACAACAUUAUUUCUAUUAUACUUAAUUUUUAUGAACAUGCACACGCCUUCUGUCUCACGCAUAGACGCGCGUGCGAGCCUUUAAAAGUAUUUGGCUGCGGAAAGAUGCGUUCGGCGUGUGCACUGCGCACUAUCAAGUGGACUUGUUUUGUUUUCAAGCACUCAAUUCACUUUCGCAUGGGCUGGUGUACAGUACACACACGGUCCGUGCCAUCACAAAAAUUGGGCUGCACGCGGACGGGGAGAGCGGACGUCCGCGAACUCUCCUGAUGACCAAAAUUAUGCGAUGCGAACACAGUAUAGUAUACCUUGGUGUUAAGCCCGUAAUAGCGGGGGAACCAAUCCACCCAGGCCCACAUGCACGUGCAUACCUAGACGCUACUCCACUGUCCUGGUUGUAUUCCUGCGUGUGUGUCCGCUGCGCCUGUGACUCUUGAUUCGGGUGUGACAACGAUGCGUUAUAAAACGCAAAAGAGGAUUGUCUCGGGGCCCCCCCCCAUUGUUCGGGGCCCUGGGCUGCAGCCCAUGUUGCCCAUUAGGAUAACGCGGCCCUGACUCAUGGAUGCUUCACAAACUGGACACAGCACGAAAUGGGGUUUGUUAAAUAUCUGUCUUUAACAGAUACGGCUGUCCCAUCUCUGUACACCGUCGGUAACUCACAAAGUUUGACGGUAAGUGGAACUAGCGUCAAGCACUUCAAACACUGAAUAUCAUACAGGGCUGCCAACAUAACUUUGUCAUAUUAUCCAUAAUCAACUAAAAAAAAUAUUUUGGCGCGCGCACCAACAACCAAUUUUGACAUUUAAUAAUAAUGUACCUACUGAGAAAUUUCCCUGUAGAGUUCGCAAAAAUAUUUGAGAUUGUUUUUCCCUUGAGAAAAACUGUAUAUCCAAAUGAAACGAUAUUGAUAUCAAGAGGAAUAUAAAUGUCAAGCUUAUGAAUUUAAUUGUAAUUCUCGAAGUUGAACUCAAAAAUUGUCAGCCCUGCAUAAUCAUCUGUUUUGGCCUUGUGCCCAUAUCAUACUGCAAUGCAUUUUCUUUUACACAGCCCCUUACAAGAGAUGUGGCCUGUCAAUGUGAUGCUCCAUCUUUGAACAGUGUGUCAAUUCAAACAGAAACCCAAAAGUCGAAACGACGGAGUAAAGCUGUUCAAGUGAAGCCUUUAGGCCACUCUGUUGGUGUGAGUGUUGGCAUAGGUAUUGAACCUCCACAUCUCACUUCCACACCUAUUAAAAGGCCACGCAUGGAAGACACUGCAUUAGAUGAGAGCUCAACAUGCACCUCGAAACACUGUUCAGAUGUCACCUAUGAGCCUGAUAUCUCUCAUGAGGGCAAUGAAAAGGAAGUCUAUAUGUGGUAGAGGUUAUUUUUUUACAUCAAUGUAUCCACAGGUUAUCAGUAAAACUUAUUAUAUAUAUACUAGACAUGUUAUAAAAACGAGUAACAUAGUAACUAGGUCAGGUUUUAUUUUAGCCAUAUUGGAUAUUGUUCAUAUUCCUUUUAUUGCUUUAAUAUCACAUAGGUCUGUUCACACUGCCUGCACAAAAUGCAGUGGAACAGCCAGCCACACAUACAGAAUACACCAGCUGGGAAUUUGCACUUGUCUGCAGCAGUAGCCUUCAAUGGUGCAUCAUGCAUACAGAUUCACAAGGUACUGUCAGCUCUCGGUGUGGAAUGUAUUUGUCCUAGGACCUUUUAUAAUCAUCAAAAGGCCUUUCUUCAUCCAACAAUCUACUGGCAGUGGAGGACUGAGCAAAACACAAUGUUGGAGAAGGCGAGGCUUUCAGGAAAGGCCGUUGUCCUGGGUGGUGACAUGAGGGCUGAUUCACCAGGACACUGUGCCAAAUAUGGAAGCUAUACAAUGAUGAACCUGGAUGAUAACAAGGUGGUGGACAUUCAGUUAAUCCAGAGUAAUGAAGUCGGUGGAAGUCCUCGCAUGGAACGUGAAGGUUUUUUGAGAAGCCUCCAGUUCCUGGAAUCAGCAGGGUUAAGGGUUGGUGCAAUCGUCACAGAUCGCCAUCCUUCUAUACAGAAAUACCUGAGGGAGCAGCGACCUGAGAUCCAGCAUUAUUACGAUACUUGGCAUGUCUCUAAGGGUCUCGCCAAGAAGAUUGAUGCACUUGGGAAAGAGCGCAGUUGGGGCGGUUCUGGCUUGGAGGAAAAGCAUCAUAAAUCACCUCUACUGGUGCGCAUCCACCUCCAAGACAGGUCAAGAGGCUGUGGAAAAGUGGAAGUCUGUGACUUACCACAUGCAAAAUGUGCACCAUCAUAAUAGCGACUUAUUCCCAGUCUGCACCCACCCACCUCUCGAGAUGCGAGCUUGGUUGACACCAAGCACUAAAGCUUGUGAACGCUUCUGUGACUUGAUGUUGCACCAGCGGCUCCUCAAGGAUGUGGGAAAACUGAGCCGUCAUCGUCAGCCCUCCUCAGUCGAAGGCUUUCAUAGCCUGAUUUUAAAGUUCGCUCCGAAAAAUGUGGCAUUCUCUUUUCUGGGAAUGUUGAACAGGUUGCUCCUAGCUGCGUUUCACUAUAAUGAAAAUGCAAAUCGUGAACCGUCAGUAAGAGUGAAAUGGCCUAAAUACAAAAAAGGGGAACAUUCCAUUCACUACGUAAAAACAGCACCAACCUACAACUAUGUGGAGACUAUGCUAAGACUGCUGUUUGAGGAGGUGGUCUUCAACCCUGGCCCAUACCAGGAGCUGAUUAAUGAGCUGAAGGUUCCAGACCAUUUGUGUGCUGCCUUCGACAGGCCCGACCUGCAGGAAUCUGGAGCCAGACCCUGGUCACGUUUUUCUCAGAUGGAGCAGGAGCCGUUUUAGAUAGAUUGAUAGUGUGUAUGUGUCAGUGUCAUUUUGGUGUAAAAAGUUAUCUUCAAAAUGUAGUAAAUGAAUAAUCAAGUGGUA